CUCUGGCGCUGGGCUUGUUCGCUAUUAGAAGGGAUCUCGAGCGGUCGGACCUGUCACUUUAGCUGUCACCGCUCUUCUCCCUGCCCGACUUCACCCUCCGGUCUCAUGUGCUCCAGGAUGGAGCAGCCGUUCUACCACGAUGAUUCACUGCUGUCUGCUUACUCCAGACCGGAGCUGCUGAAGCCCAGCCUGGCUUCCCUCACCGACUCUUACCGGGGAGUCGGCAAGCCAGACCUGUCCUACUACUCCGAGCAGCCCAGCCUGAAGAUGUCCGCGCCUGACCUGGAGAGGUUAAUCAUCCACAGCGGCCCCGGGGUCAUCAACGGCCCCGGUGGCAGCGGUCAGCUCUUCUACCGCGGGGGCACCGAGGAGCAGGAAGGCUUCGUGGACGGCUUUGUCCGGGCUCUGGACGACCUGCACAAGAUGAACCGCGACGGGCCCCCCAACGUCUCCCUGGGGGGCGCCGGCUCGGUGCCCAUGAACGGAGGGUCGCCGGCCAACGCCGCCAUGUACAACGACCCCGCCGUCUACACCAACCUGGCCACCUACAACUGCUACCGGCAGCCCUCGGCCACCAUCAAUUACCUGCCGCACUCCUACGGGGGCGCCAACUUCAAGGAAGAGCCCCAGACGGUGCCCGAGGCCGGCAGCCGGGACAGCACGCCCGCCCCGCUCUCCCCCAUCAACAUGGAAGAGCAGGAGAAGAUCAAGGUGGAGAGGAAGCGGCUGAGAAACCGGCUGGCCGCCACCAAGUGUCGGAAACGCAAGUUAGAACGCAUCGCCCGCCUUGAGGAUAAGGUGCGAGACCUGAAAAACGAAAACAACGGGCUGAGCGGCACCGCUGGCCUGCUACGAGAGCAGGUGGAGCAGCUGAAGGUCCGGGUGAGAGAACACGCCAGGCACGGGUGUCAACUGCUGCUAGGAAGCAAGGGUCAACCAGUCUUCUGAAGACUCUAAAAUGUGUGCCCGGGUGUCCACCAGCACCCCCUCAAGCCGAACCCCCUCUUUCCAGACUACAGAACACUCAGGGGGGGGGUUGUUUGGGGGUGGCAAGAACUGUGCCCAGUCUAGGCAAGAACUGAGCCUGAAGAAAAGGUCUAAAGUUACAAGGACUGAAGCCCGUAUGUGGGUCUAGGGUGGCAUUGACCAUGUCCCCCUGGGUCUAGGCUGCAAGAACUGUGCUCUUUGUGGACGUCAAAGAACUGAGACCACGAAGAAAGAAGGACUGCAUACCCCGCGUGGGGGUCUUGCUUGGCAAGAACUGAACUGAAAAAAAGGGGCAAGAACUGUGAAGAGGGCAAAAAAAACCCAGGGGUAGGCAACUAUGGCAGCUGCUGUGGAAGUACAAGUCCCAGCCUUCUGGAGCUUCUAGUUCCACAGCAGUUUUCGAGAGAGACCCAAGUUUCCUACCUCUGGCUUAGAUCGAUUUUUUUUCAAAGGGAGUGUGUUGGGGGUCUUAGAUGGUGUUUUUUCGAGCACCCACCAAUCAUGAUAAUGCUGCUCCAUCCCAACACUCCAGAAGGACCAUGUGGUUUAGUUUUUUUUUCCCUUUUGGGCCAUACUCGGCAAACCUACGUCUGGCGGUGGGACCAAACAGAGCCAGCGUGCCUUUUUUUUUUUUUUUUGUAGGCUCUGCUAGGCUGAGACGUAAUCCCUACAGCUGCAGAACGAGAGGCUUGCUUCAUCCGUCUCCUUAACUCUUCCGUCGCCACGAGGAGGUUAGCUCAGCUCCUCUUGCCUCGUAGCAGCAGAAGAGUUAAACGCGCGGCGCGGUGACUAAUCCCUUCCAUAGCACUUGAACGUCUUCUUUUGGGUCGUAAAAAUAGGGAAGCAAAGGCAAGCCCCAUGUGACUGUAGCUUGUGGGAAAGGGAAGGGUGGGCCUUUUUGGCACCGAGUGGUGAAAGGGACCAAACCACGCAUUCUGUAAUGGUAAUACCGAGUACUAAGACACUGAUCUAACAUCAUGCACUGUAUCGGGUAACCUACAGCAGUGUUUGGGUUGAAACUGGAAAAAAAUACUGUACGUCGAGGACAGUAAAGAUUAUUUUUUAUUUCCUUUCAGUCAAGUUUACAAGAUUAAGCACCAACAUUCUCUUUUUUUUUUUUUUUUUUUUUAUUACGCCUUCGCUGGCUGUCAAGCCUCCAAAGUAUGGCUGGCCGAUACUACAACUUGACAGCAUACGCAAGGUGGAACCCUGUUUCAGGGCUUUUUUUUUUUUGUGUGUGUGUGCGGGGGUUUUCUGCAGGUCUCGGAAAAACCCCCUUCUCCUCGAGUAUUUAAAUAGAUGAUGAACCAAUUUUAUUUAAGAACAAUGCACAUAAAAAGGUACUUUUCAGGAAGCUGGGAAUUUCAGUGUUUUUUUUUUUUUUUCUUGAAAGUGCUGAGUUUAAACUUAACAGAGAAAAAUAUUUUUAUGUUUGAAUGAGAAAAAAAAAUUCUGAAAAUGUAUUUUUUUUUUUUUUUAUACUGCGAUUUGACAAUGUGUGUUGUACAAAAUGUUUUAUAUUUGUCUUGUUUCCGUAUUUAAGUAAAUAAUAUUGUUUACAACUGAAAAAA